UCACUACAUCAAUAUAAACUGAAAAUCAGGUAGAGUAGACACAAAAGAGGAAGAGACCGAACUAUCAAAUGACUUCUUUGAACUCCAUGACCCUUCUAUUCAUUUCCAUGCUUAGCCUUAGCUUCCUCAGCCGUACCACCACUCAUGCAGCUGACCCAGUUCACCUCAAAGAGGUAUGUGCUAACACCACUUUCAGCCCCAAUAGCAUCUACCAAUCCAAUCUCAAUUCCCUCCUCUCUUCGCUCUCCUCCAACGCCACACAAAACCUCGAAUUCUACAACACAACCAGCGGCCAAAACACUCCCAACCCCGUCUACGGCCUCUUCCUCUGUCGCGGCGACGUAACCCCUCAACUCUGCCAAGAAUGUGUAGCUGCGGCAGUGAAAGAGGUAACCAAGAAGUGUUCAGGAGAGAAAGUCGCUGUGAUAUGGUACGAUGAGUGCAUGUUACGUUACUCAAACCGGUCUUUCUUCUCUACCGUGGACGAAAAACCAAGGUUCGCCCUGUUGAACACGCAGAAUAUCACUGAACAGGAUAAGUUUAACAAGUUACUAGCAAAGAGUAUGAACGAGACUGCAGCACAAGCAUCUAAUGCUCCUAUUGGUGCCAAAAAGUAUGGGACCAAGGAAGUGAGUAUCUCUGCUUUUCAAACACUGUACAACCUUGUACAGUGCACAGCGGACUUGUCCAGAAACGAUUGUAGUACUUGUCUUCAAGCUGCUAUAAAGCUUCUUCCAUGGUGUUGUAGUGGAAAGCAAGGGGGAAGAGUUAUUUUUCCUAGUUGCAGUGUUAGGUACGAAUUGUACCCUUUUUACAGGAUGGAAAAUGCGACACUCCCACCUGCACCAAUUCACCCAUCUUCACAUACAGGAAAGAAAAAAAUCUCAACGGCAACAAUAAUCGUCAUUGUUGUUCCAAUUGCUGCUUUGGUGCUAGUCAUUCUGUCCUUCUGUUUCCUAAAAAUGAGAGCAAGAAAGAAGUCCAAUGCAAUAAAGGGAGAGAGUUUUAAGAAAUCUGAUCAAAUCCUAAAUUAUCAAGCUGCAAGUGAAUUAACAACUGUAGACACCUUGCAAUAUGAUUUUGGGACAAUUGAAGCCGCCACCAACAAAUUCUCAGAUGACAACAAGAUUGGUGAAGGUGGAUUUGGUAAAGUUUACAAGGGUACACUUCCUAGUGGACAAGUUAUAGCUGUGAAGAGGUUAGGGAAAAGCUCUGGACAAGGAGUCAAACAAUUUAAGAAUGAGGUUGAACUACAAGCCAAGCUUCAGCACAAAAAUUUAGCAGGGGUUUUGGGAUUCUGCUUAGAAGGAGAAGAGAAGAUACUCAUCUAUGAAUUUGUGCCCAAUAGAAGCCUUGACAAUUUUAUAUAUGAUUCAAAAAAACAAGGACAAUUGGAUUGGGCAACACGAUAUAAGAUUAUAAGUGGGAUUGCUCGAGGAAUUCAAUAUCUUCACAAAGAUUCUCAACUUAGAAUUAUACAUCGUGAUCUAAAAGCUAGUAGCAUAUUGUUAGAUGCCGAUAUGAAUCCAAAAAUUUCAGAUUUUGGUAUCGCACGGAUUCUUGAAGUUGAUCAAACUCAAAAAAAUGCGAGUAGAAUUGUGGGGACAUAUGGUUACAUGUCUCCAGAGUACGCAAUGCAAGGAGAAUUUUCUGAGAAAUCUGACGUGUACAGUUUUGGUGUCCUAGUCCUAGAAAUUAUCACUGGUAAAAAGAAUAGUAACUUUGAAUCAGAAGGGGCUGAGGACCUCCUAAGCUAUGCUUGGAUACAUUGGAGGGACGGGAGGCCCUUGGAAUUAUUGGAUCCAACUUUGGAAGGUUUUUAUUUAAUAGAUGAAGCCAUUAAAUGCAUCCACGUUGGCUUAUUAUGUGUUCAGAAAGAUCCAGCUGACAGACCAACUAUGGCAUCAAUAGUUCUCACACUUAGUAGCCACUCUGUCAGUCUACCAACACCGCUACAACCAGCAUUUUUCCUUCGCAACACAGACCAGAACUUGCCGCAAAUGUAUAUGGAGUCUGAUCAAUCUACUAGCAUGUCCAUAUCAUGGUCUAUCAAUGAUGAAUCUGUUACUGAACCACACGCACGAUAAUCUACAGAAGCAAGGAAUGCACAAGCCUUUGUGCAAUUGGGUGGCCAGAAUGUUUCGAGUUAAUAAAACAUUAGAUAGUGGGUGUAUGUACAAUAAAGUGAGCAGACUACUGUCUAUUUGUCUGGGGGGAGUCUGAGUGUAAAUAUUUUGUGUUGGGCAAAACUUCCGUCUGGUGCUUCAUUGGAUGGGGGCACAAUACAAAUAUGUAAUCAGUUUUAGACACGCACCAUGUCAUGUCCAAUACACUAGUGUACUCGACGCAUGUGAAACCCUUUAAUAUUUAUAGUUUACGCAUUCAAGAAGAUAGUUAGGAAUUGGUAUAAUCUACUGUAAUGAGUAACAUAAUAAUAGAUGUUAGGGUUUUAGACCCAA